AUGGACCACGAUACGGUCAGCGCAAAGCCGCCGCGGCAUUGGCAACCUCAGCCUCCUCCCUCAUGGCCAGGGCUAGGUUGUCCAGCUCCAGCAACAAUUGUCGCCAUGGCCAUUAUCCUCCUUGUUAUAUCCAUCUUCAUCUCUGUCCUCCGCCAACUUCUCGAACGCCGCCUCGCUCAACGCAGAGGCUGGUUCCUCGAAACACCAUCCGCGCCCUCACCAACCACCAAACCAAAGCGCAAGAAGAAGGACGAGCGCAAGGUCCGUCCUGUGUCCGAGCUCGAGAUUGAAGGUCGCCAACUCCUCUUUCCGGACACAGUCACCCCCGGAGAGCGAGUGCCGCUGCGCGAUCCCCAUGCGCGGGGCUCUCUGUACGAUACUUUUCAGCUGCCUACAGAGCACGCAUCACGAUUAAAGCACGCACGGUCUAUGAUGGAAUUGAGUGGAGGAAACCCGCUUGAAGGAGCUGAUGAGAAGGAUGGUUCUAAGAAGGCCAAGACGAUUCAUUUACAUGGGACCAUUAACUUCAUCGAAAGCAUCGAUUGA